AUGAGUGCACCAGCUGCGCCGUCCUACGCAGGACCCUGGACUCGCCUCAAGCCUGCCCUCACGCCCUGGGUGGCCGAUGUCGUCCGCGACCUGGGCUUUGAGCAGAUGACGCCCGUCCAGGCGAGCUCGAUCCCGCUCUUCAUGCAGCACAAGGACGUCGUCGUCGAGGCAGUCACUGGUUCCGGCAAGACGCUCGCCUUCGUCAUCCCCGUCCUCGAGAAGCUGUUGAGGCGAGACCGCCCGCUCAGCAAGCGCGAGGUCGGCGCCAUCAUCAUCGCUCCCACUCGAGAGCUCGCUAUUCAGAUCCACGCCGUCUUCCAGCAGUUCCUCGACGCUCAACCCGCCGCUGCCUCGCCGGACGCGGCAUCGACUUCGACCUCGCCCCCUCCUGCGCCUACCACCCCGCCCAUCGCUCCUGCACUCCUCCUCAUCGGCGGCAACUCGCUCCAGGACGACAAGAAGGCCUUCUUCGAGACGGGCGCCGACAUCCUCGUCGGCACGCCCGGUCGCCUCGAGGAGUUCCUGCUCGGCAGCAGCAGCGUCGCCAUGAGCAAGAAGGGCAAGGGCGGGCAGACGAGGAGGAGCACGGGCGUUGGCGUCGGCGACACCAAGGCGCUCGACAUUCUCGUCAUGGACGAGGCCGACCGACUGCUCGACCUCGGCUUCACGCCGACCCUCACUCGCCUCCUCGACCACUUCCCCAAGCAGCGCCGCACUGGCCUCUUCUCGGCUACGAUGAGCGACGCCCUCGGCCAACUCGUCCGUGUCGGCCUGCGCAACCCUGUACGCGUCGUCGUCAAGGUCGAGGCCAAGGCGGCCAAGGGCAAGGAGAAGGCCGAGGCCGCCGGCGACCGCAAGAUUCCGACCCUGCUCCAGAACGGCUACGUCGUCUGCGCGCCCGCCGAGCGCCUCGCCAUGCUGUUCCGCAUCCUCCGUCGCGAGGCGUUCACGACCGACGAGGGCGAGACGGGCGCGCGCAAGUUCAUCGUGUACUUUUCGACCUGUGCCGCCGUCGAUUACUUCUUCAAGGUCCUGUCGGCGACGCCGUCGCUCGCCAACGCCGGCUUCUCGCUCCACUCGCUCCACGGCCAGCAGUCGCCGACACGGCGCUCGUCCACCUUCACGGCUUUCACGGCGCUUCCGCCGACGACGCCGGGCGUGCUCCUGUGCACGGACGUCGCGGCACGAGGCCUCGACCUGCCCGACGUCGACGUCGUCAUCCAGGUGGACCCGCCUGUCGAUCCUCGCGCGUUCGGGCACCGAGUUGGGCGCACGGCGCGCGCCGGCAGGAGCGGCAAGGCGGUCGUGCUCCUCAACCAGGACUUCCUCGCCGUCCGCAAGGUCCCGCUGCAGCGGUUCGAGUACGAGUCGGAGAGCGGCGUGUCGCUGUCGGACGAGGCCGAGGCGCUGCGCGUCGAGAUGCACAAGGUGAUCCGCAAAGACCGCGACCUCCACGACCGAGGCGUCAAAGCGUUCGUGUCGUCGAUCCGCUCGUACUCGAAGCACGAGGCGUCGUACCUGUUCCGGCUCCAGGACCUCGACCUCGUCGGGCUCGCCCAGUCGUUCGCCCUGUUGCGCAUGCCCAAGGUCGCCGAACUCAAGGGCAAGGAGAAGGAGAUCACGGCGCGGUGGCAGGACGAGGAGGUCGACUGGGACUCGUACGCCUACGCCGACAAGGUGCGCGAGAAGCAGCGCAAGUCGGACCUCAAGGCGCUGCAGGACAAGCGCGAGGCGCACGAGUCGCGCAAACGCGCUCGAGCCGCUGCGGCGGCCGUGGCCGCCGACGACGCCGCCGGUGCGGCUGCGGGCGACGGCGACGGCGAGCCCGAGGCCAAGAAGUUCAAGAAGGGCGAGAACAAGGGCAAGAACAAGGCGUGGUCGGCGCAGGAGGACGCCGAGGCGAAGAAGGCGGCGCGGCGAGCGAAGCGGCUCGCCAAAGCCAAGGCGCUGCGGGCAGCCGAGGCCGAGGGGCGCGUGCGCGCUGUCGACGGCGGCGACGACGACGACGAGGGUGCGGCCGAGGAGGCGCGCGACUGGAAGGAGGAGCUGGCGAGGGCCAAGCGCGAGAAGCGCGAGGGGCGGCAGGCGACGGCGAGGGAGAAGGGGCUGCCGCCGACGCACGGCGGUGGACUGGCCGGCGUAGCGUUCUCGCACCCGGGCUUCCUCAUCACCCUCGUCGUCGCGACCGCCGGCUUCUUUGCCGCCUUUGUCGGCCAGAUCGUGCUCGAGUCCAAGUACAACAAGCUCGAUGGCGGCUCUGCAGUCGGCGUGCCUUGGUUCGGCAUCUUCCUCCAGCUCUUCCUCAACAUCGGCGUCUUCGUGACGCUCGCGACCGACUCGGUCGGCGCCAACCGCUUCCAGCUCUCGAUUUUCCUCGCCGUCGCCCUCGUCAUGGCCGUCAUUGGCGCCAACCUCGGCAUCUUCCAGAGCGAGUCGUACUACCUCGCGAUCGGCGCCGGCUGGAUCCUCAUCGCCUUUGUCGACAUCCUGUGGAUCAUGUACUUCACCAGCUCAGACGACGCCUGGUUCGCCACCAUCUUCGACCUCGGCGCGUCGCAGCACUUCUCUUCGCGCUCGUCGGUCGCCGGCUUCUCGACGCACCGCCGCGGGCCCUCAUCGCGCGCCGGCGGCUCGGCCAUGGGCAUGUCGGGCCCGUCGGGCCCCGUGUCGUACCAGGGGUACGCCGGCACCAAGGGUGGCGCAGGGAGCAUCACCGGCUCGCGCCUCGGCCCGGCGACGAGCGUCAGCGUGCACGACCUGCAAGUCGACGGCAGCCAUGCCGGCACCGAGCCGAGCCUGCUCGGCGAGGCGGCGAGCGAGUACCACGCGCCGAUGCUCAAGGCGCGCGCCCUGUACUCCUACUCGGCGUCGCCCGACGACCCGAACGAGAUCUCGUUCGCCAAGGGCGAGAUCCUCGACAUUCUCGACAACUCGGGCAAGUGGUGGCAGGCGCGCAAGACGGACGGCACCAAGGGCAUCGUCCCGAGCAACUAUCUCGCCCUCCACUAAAGGUCGACGCCCUCGCCCUUCCCCUCACCUCGCCCUCUCUCGCCUACCCCGCCUCGACUCGCCUCAGGACAGCCUCGAAGGCGUCCUCCCUCACCUCUUCCUCUCGCGCCCGCAUCGCCUUCAAUCCCCCCACUCGCGCAUCUCGAGCGCGUCCAGCUCGUCGCCUAUACCCCUUCCUGUGUCCCCCUCUUUGCCUUCCCCUCGUGCUACUACCACCUGUCCUCGUCGCUCUUUGCCCUGUAUCGUUCCCUUUCCUCUUUAUCUCCUCUCUCUCUCUCUCUCUCUCUCUCUCUCUCUAUCUCUCG